UCUCUUGUGUGAACAUUACCAGGAUGAACUGCAUGUUAAGUAAAGUUUAUUAGCCAUUAUACUCUUUCGGAGCAUGUUAUGCAGAAGUAUUUAAUCUAGAAACGAUCGUAAUACGCUAUACACGUACGCACUAUAACAUUUUCGAACAUUGGAAUUGCCUAUCUCACAUUGUUGCGACGCCGCACAUUUUGAACCGGUCUAAAAUAUGAACCCGUCUAACCACAACAUAACUGCAGCAUGACAAUUCUCGCGCGGUAGUAGUGGUAGGUGAAAUAAGAGGUGAAAGUAGAUGAAUGAGGUGCAAGUAGAAUUCGAUAAAAACAACGGAAUUUCGCCAUCGUAAAAGUAGGAAAAGAAAAUCAGUUUAAAGUUAUUAAAGUUAUUUAAAAUUUAUUUCGGUAACCAAAUUACACUAAUUGGUGCUUCCGUAAGUUGUGGGAGUGCGGUGUAAACUGAUAUACAAAGUCCGUAAGUUGAAACCUGUAGAGAAAAAAGGUAAAUUAUUAGUGAAACUUAGCAAAUACUUACCUGGAUUUCUCCCACUAGCUGUGCAAAUACCGGUGCUUGGUACGCCCCGAAACAGGGGAAAAUAACCAGAAAAGCUGCCGUGCCAGUGGAUUAUAUCCAUCCGCGCAACAUACCGAUUAGGGUAACGGCCCCAAUUAUAGUCCAACCAGAGAAUUGAGAAAAGAAGUCGUGGCAAGGAAACCAUUUAAUUGUAAGUUGUUAGUAAUUUCAGUCUGUGUUGUGAAUUGUGUUUAUUGAAUUUGUUAAUAAAUUUCAGUUUAAGCGUUGCUACAAAAAACCUGAGCUGCUAUAAAAAUCUGGUUUCCCUCUCGGGAACAUUCUUAAAAAUUAAAUGACAUCCGCGAAGUAACUUCUGCGAAGUGAUAGUGUCAAGUGAGAAGUUCGGACCUGCCAAAAGAUGACUUCCGAUGCUGAGUCCACCCACGACCAAACCGUCAUGGAUCUGACGACAACUCAGUGUACAAUUUGUGGACUAUCUACGAGCGACGAGGUGAUGGUCUGCUGUGACGGAUGUUCUAAAUGGUUCCAUACAUGUUGCGUGGACAUCGAUGAGGACAAUCUGCCGAAGAAGUGGUACUGCCAAAGCAAGGCCUGCCAGGAGAAGGCCCAGGAGUACCGGCAGAAGCAGAAGGACACCAAGAAGCAGUCUCGCACCCGGAAACACGGCAACGAGUCGGACAAAUCCAGCGUCAGUUCUUGUCUAGCUGCGUCUAGCUUGGAAGCAAAGCGCCGAGCGCUAGAAGAGAAGCAGAAGCGGCAGUAUGAAGAGUUGGAGGUGGAGAUGCAGCUGCGGAAGAAGGAAAGGGAGAUGCAGCGUGCGUUCGAGCAGCGAAAGAUGGAGUUGGAGCUGCAGAUGCGCGCUGAAGAAGAAGCAGAACAAAGAGCAUGGCAAGCGGAGAUGCUCCAAAAGAAGAAGGAGCAGAUUCAGCGGCUGAAGGCGAACCGGGAGUCGUCGUUCGAGAUGCAAAUGGCGGCGAUGGAUGAGGAGUAGACCUCUUCAUAAAAAAUGAAAUUUCUAGAAUUCAGCCAGUCACCCCCACAUCUUCAUUCUAAUGCUAAAACAAACUUCUGGUCAAAUUUUCAGCUAAAUUGGUGAAGAUUUCGAGGUGCCUCAAGUCAAAAAUGUGUUUUUUGGUCAUUUUUUACCUUUAAAAAAUGCCCAUGAAGGCUAGAACCCAUAUAAAAUAUCGCGGCCGCCAGUAAAUGAAAGUUUUUUCUAUUCCUUACAACUUUUGUGAACAUUAUGUGCUGAUCGGAGAAUGUUUUGAUCAUAUAUAUUCGAUUUUCAGUCAUGCAAGUACCCUAAAAAGUUACAUUUUUCAACAGUUUUUGUUCUACGAGAUUCCAACACACUACUUUUCUAACAAGUAUCAAAUCAUUAAAUAAUUGCCCACAUUUUUCUGAACAACAUUGCCAUACAUCAUUUUCUUAUACGAUCGACGAAAAAAAUCACAAAAAUCGAAAAGUAGAAGCUUUCCUGAGUUUUUUGAUAUCUGGGGUUGACGCAACUGUUGGCAGACAGAAUAAUCAAACAUAGUAGCUUUGCUUUUUCUUGAUGAUUGCGAUGAUUGAUCAUUGAUUCAAGUGACAGGUAGGCACAAGCAAACAUUGCUUUAACAAAAGUGACGUAUAAUGUGUCACAGUAGAAUGUGAGGAUUGGCUCAGAUGGUAAGGCUAUGGACUGGCAAACCAAAGGUUCAGAGUUUAAGUAUCGUCAUUUUUAUCGUAUUUUUUAUGAAAUUUGAAUGCAUUUUUUUCGACAUGUGAAAGUUGGUUUUCCUACAAUUCAAUACGCUAACCUAACGACGGAAAAUUUUAUGAUUCUAAUGAGCGGAUGUGAUCCGCUACCCAGCUACCCAGUAAGGGCCGAAUUACGGAUUGAGAAAUAAAUUAGUUAGCGUGUUCGAUUUUCAACUACGCAAACAUAAAAGUUCUGUCGGAAUGAUGCGUCAAUGCAUGCGUUUUCCCUACACCAGCCAUCGAUUGAAAUAGAUUACAAGGCCAGGUAAAUUGAAACAAUGAAUUGAUUCGUUUAUUUUGCAUUUUAAGUACAGGUUGAUAUUUUCAGCAUGAUGAUAAAAAUACGAUAAAAUGACGAUACUCAAACUCUGAACCUUUGGUUUGCCAGUCCAUAGCCUUACCAUCUGAGCCAAUCCUCACAUUCUACUGUGACACAUUAUACGUCACUUUUGUUAAAGCAAUGUUUGCUUGUGCCUACCUGUCACUUGAAUCAAUGAUCAAUCAUCGCAAUCAUCAAGAAAAAGCAAAGCUACUAUGUUUGAUUAUUCUGUCUGCCAACAGUUGCGUCUACCCCAGAUAUCAAAAAACUCAGGAAAGCUUCUACUUUUCGAUUUUUGUGAUUUUUUUCGUCGAUCGUAUAAGAAAAUGAUGUAUGGCAAUGUUGUUCAGAAAAAUGUGGGCAAUUAUUUAAUGAUUUGAUACUUGUUAGAAAAGUUGUGUGUUGGAAUUUCGUAGAACAAAAACUGUUGAAAAAUGUAACUUUUUAGGGUACUUGCAUGACUGAAAAUCGAAUAAAUAUGAUCAAAACAUUCUCCGAUCAGCACAUAAUGUUCACAAAAGUUGUAAGGAAUAGAAAAAACUUUCAUUUACUGGCGGCCGCGAUAUUUUAUAUGGGUUCUAGCCUUCAUGGGCAUUUUUUAAAGGUAAAAAAUGACCAAAAAACACAUUUUUGACUUGAGGCACCUCGAAAUCUUCACCAAUUUAGCUGAAAAUUAGACCUGAAGUUUGUUUUAGCAUUAGAAUUCAGAUGUGGGGGUGACUGGUUGAAUUUGAGAAAUUUCAUUUUUUAU